UGCUUCUGGGGGGCCGCUGUUCCGUGGUCCAGGGGUCAGAGGCCCUGGGGGUCUCUGAUGGACGAGAAGACCAAGAAAGUGGAGGAGAUGGCUCAGAGGCUGGCGCGGGCGGUGGCCGGCGGGGACGAGAAGGCGGCGGUCAGCUGUGCCACCUGGCUGGCCGGACAACGCGCCCCCUUGGCCGUGAAGCUGAAGACGGACGCCGACCCGAAGCCCGAGAUAAGGUUGUGGGUGACUGUGGAAGACCCCCAGAUGCAAAACCUCUCCAUCUGGCUGACCCUGCGCCCGGAUAUGACGCUAGCCUCCGUCAAGGACAUGGUGUUCGUGGAGUACGGGUUCCCGCCCAGCCUGCAGCAGUGGGUGAUCGGGCGGCGGCUGCCGCGGGACGAGGACACGCUCCUGGCCCACGGGCUGAAGCGGGAUGGGCAGGCCGCCUUCCUCUACUUGCGCUCCGCCCGCCGGGCCAACCUCAGCCAGAGGGACCUCCAGCGACAGCGACAGAUCCGCGCCCUGCAGGACCUGGGAUUCGGCGACAUCACCCUCCAGUCCCGGGGUCGGGGGGAGACGGCCGGCCCGGGCAGCCCCCCGCCCGGCCCCGCCGCUGGAAACCCCCAGGUGGAUGCGGACCCCGGACCCCCCGUGGUGGGGUGGGAGUGCCCCGGCUGCACCUUCGUCAACAAGCCGACGCGCCCCGGGUGCGAGAUCUGCUGCGGGGCCCGGCCCGAGGGCUACCGGGUGCCCGCCACCCACCGCCCCGACAGCGACGAGCGCGCCCGCAUCCGCACCGAGGAGGACGCCCUCCGCCGCUACCACCAGAGGAGACAGCGGCAGCAGGAGGGGAACUACCAGGAGCUGGUGGAGGUGGACGCCCAGAACCUGGUGCCCACCGACGGGCCCGUGGACUGCCCCAUCUGCUUCACCACCCUGGAGCCCGGCCAGGGGGUCGUGCUCCGCGAGUGCCUCCACGCCUUCUGCAGGGACUGCCUGCUGGGCACCAUCCGCAGCAGCCAGGAAGCGGAGGUGUCCUGCCCCUACAUCGACGCCGUCUACUCCUGUCCGGGGAAGCUCCAGGAGCGGGAGAUCCGGGCGCUGGCGAGCCCGGAGGAGUACGAGCGUUUCCUGGAGCUGGGGGUCAGCCUGGCCGAGCACCGCAGCCCCGCCAGUUUCCACUGCCGCACGGCCGACUGCCGCGGCUGGUGCUUCCUCGACGGCCCCGACGACGCCUUCCUCUGCCCCGUCUGCCGACGCCUCAACUGCCUCCUCUGCAAGGCCAUCCACGAGAACAUGACGUGCAAGGACUACCAGGAGGAGCUGGCCCUGCGGGCGCAGAACGACGUGGCCGCCACACAGACCAGCCAGAUGCUCAAGCUGCUGUUGGAGCGGGGGGAGGCGAUGCGGUGCCCGCGGUGCCAGGUGGUGGUCCAGAAGAAGGACGGCUGCGACUGGGUGCGCUGCCCGCUCUGCCACACCGAGAUCUGCUGGGUCACCAAGGGCCCGCGCUGGGGGCCGGCGGGCCCCGGAGACACCAGCGGCGGGUGCGGUUGCCGAGUGAACGGGAUUCCCUGCCACCCCAGCUGCCAGAACUGCCACUGAGGCCCCCCCUCGCCCCCCCCCACGAUGAGGUCACGGAGGCCCAGAAAAGCGGCUUGCCC